AUGCGGCUGGUGAUCUCAUACGCGAAGGAUCGCCGGGCAGGAUGCAGGCUUGCCCGGCCUCCAGUUGUCCUCAGUUACCCAUCCUUGAGCCCCAAAAGGUUGAAGGUGGCGGGGAUCCCCAACCUCCUUUUUUCGAUAAGGACUGUUUUCUGCGGGCGACAGCAGAGUGGGAUUUCAGAGGCAGGAUUCCCCCGCGACCACCAUUCACACUUUUUCACAUUUGAGGGACUUAAAGCGGGAGCUGGAGCGAGCGGGGCCGUCCGGCUGGCUGGCUGGCUGGGACCAGGGGGCGGGUGGGUGCGCGCGGAGCCGCCUUUUCCGCUGGGUGUCACUCUGGGGCGGGAGGGAUGGCUCAUUCAAAAGCACGGGGAGGGGGCAGCGCCACUCGUCUCCAGUGAGCGGCCAGCUCGGGAGGGAGGGCAGGAGGCGGGCGGCGGGCGGCAGGCAGAAGGCAGCAGGCAGGAGCCGAGCCCAGGCAGAACCCCAGGACGCGGCUCCCCGCCGCCCGAGCCGCCCUGCUGCGUCCUCUUACUCAGCCUCCUCUACCCUCUCCGCUUGGGCGGCCGCGAGAGCCGCUGGGGGGAGGACGGCGCCCGCCUGCUGCUGCUGCCCCCGGCGCCGGCUGCUACGAGGCGAGGAGGACGGGGAGGACGGGGAGGAGGAGAGGCGGGCAGGAGGAGCAGGGGCGGCGGAGGCGGCGGCCACCCCUAUGCCGAGAGGAUGCUGGAGAGCGGCUGCUGCAAGGCGCUGAAGGAGGGGGUGCUGGAGAAGCGCAGCGACGGGCUGCUGCAGCUGUGGAAGAAGAAAUGCUGCAUCCUCACCGAGGAGGGGCUGCUGCUCAUCCCCCCCAAGCAGCUGCAGCAGCAGCAGCAGCAGCAGGCGGCCGCCGCGGAGCAGCCCCAGCCGAGCCCUCCGCCUGCCGCCGCCGCCGCCGGCCUCGAGCCGCCCGCCAAGCUCAAGGAGCUGCAUUUCUCCAACAUGAAGACGGUGGACUGCGUGGAGCGCAAGGGCAAGUACAUGUACUUCACCGUGGUCAUGGCCGAGGGCAAGGAGAUCGACUUUCGGUGCCCCCAGGACCAGGGCUGGAACGCCGAGAUCACGCUGCAAAUGGUGCAGUACAAGAACCGCCAGGCCAUCCUGGCCGUCAAGUCUACCCGGCAGAAACAGCAGCACUUAGUUCAGCAGCAGCAGCAGCAGCAGCAGCAGCAGCAGCUUCCGCGGGACCCGCACCCGCAUCCGCACCCGCACCCGCAUCCGCACCCGCACCCACAGCCCCCGCAGCAGCAGCAGCCACCACCGGCUCAGCAGCAGCAGCAGCAGCAGCAGCAGCCCCCCAGUCACCGCCUCCUUCGCAGCACGUCCAACUCCGCCUGAGAGGGUAGAGACCAGAUUGAAUUAAAGGACUCUUCGGAAAGUUGGGAAGAACGCCCUUCUGUUGUCUUCGGCUGAUCCGGAAAACUAAAGAAACGAACUCCCCCUGGAUCCCCAACCAGACUUAAGUGUCUUGGACCUCACCGUUGUGGUAACCUGUGACUCGUCCUCCACACUCCCGAUUAGUUUUCUGCACAGGCCUCAUCAUGAUGCAGGGAAGAAUUUCGAGUCAUGAAGACUUUUGACUGUUAUUUAUGAACCUUUGGAAAGCCUCUUCUAGAAUGAAUGGUGGGACUUCUAGGAGAGAUGAUGUACUGUAAUUUUAUUUUAAUGUAUUUUAAUUUGCAGUUAUUUAUUAGGGUUUUUUUUUGUUGUUGUUCUCAGACAUUUCUGAAUGUAGGUCAUUUUCCAGAAAUGAAACGAUCCGUCAAACCCCAUUGCUUAUAAUAAUAAGCCCCAGUCCUUGGAGAUGUGGAAAGGGGAAAGGGAAGGGCACAGGAAGAGACAUUGAGAAUCCAUUUAUUUAUUUGGAGACCUUAAUAAGGAUACUGUUUGUGACUGUUUUGUCAUGCCAAGUUGAUGGGAUAAAAAUACUAUGAUGUUUCAAGUUUUUUAUUUUAUUUCCCCCUAGAGCUAUAUUUUGGGUAGAAAUUCAUUAAAAGCAAUUAAACAUUAAGAAUUGUGAAUUUAUAUGAGAAUCUAAUAUUCUAGAUAGAGCUUCCCUGAGAGGGACAAAAAAGAUUGAAACUUGGUUUCAAAAUAUUUAUUAAAAACCAACCAACCAACCAAACUACCCAGCUGUUUUGGAAGAAUUAUCAUAUUUCUCGUUCAACCCUAUGGGGCUGGGAGUGGGCCAAAACCAAAAUGUAACUUAGUGAAAAACUUUAGCUAUCAUCUACAUGGCUGACUUAAGAAAGAGAAGUCUUUUAAAUUGUGGUUUGUAUUAACUUAAAAAUGGAUACUUAGUUAAAUUAUUUCAAAAAGGAAGUAGGCGAGAACUGUUUACACUUUGGUCCAAGUUUUCGACUCUAUCUGAUUAUGAGCUCUCUUGUCUGGCUUGAAUUUAAUUUUCUAACCUUUUUUCAUUGAUAUUUGAAGAAUCCUCCAGUCUAAAGUCCAGAUUGUAAAUAUUUGAAAGGAUUCCAACAUUCAUAACUUGAGUUUUUUGUAGUGAAAAUGCAUUUCUCAGAAAAGCCUAUAACUCUUUUUGCUUUGUAUAUCUGCCAGAUGUGAAAAGAUAUUGGGGUGUGGUUUCUUGGUAUUCCAUUAACAAAACCCUGCAAUUAGAAAGAGAAGUAGGGGACAUAAGAGAGAUAAGGGGUUUGAAGCAUGGAUGUACCAGUUCCUUUCUUAAAAGGUAGAAGAAAAGGAUGAUAGCCUAUAAAAGGCAGAGGCUAAUUUUUUAAAGCAUUUAGAUGUUACUGUAUAUUCUUUGGGCUAAGAACUACUUCCUUAUAGAACCAUCAGUUAUUUCAAAUUCUACAGCCACUGAUAUUUCAUCACUAUGAAGACAGGGGGACAUUUGGCUAAUUUGUAAGGUAGAAUUAAAAGAAAGAACUAUUUCCUUUUUCUCUAAUGCCUUCAGGUUGGACCUUCAAGGUCCAAUCACUUUUGAGUGGUAAAAGUUACUGAUAAAAGUCUUGAAGUUUGGAAACUUAUUCUUUAAUUAAAAAAAAAAAGAAAACCCCAAAUCAAUCCUAAAACUAUUAUCAGGACUAAUUAACCUGCAUCCUCUCUGAUUAUGACUAUAUUAUAGAUUGCUGAGCAGGCAAAAAAAAAAAAAAAAAGGCCUUGCUGUUCAAAGGUAGUUUGUUGCUUGUGUCAGACCUGAAAGACUUUUUAUACCUUAUUCCAGAUUUAAGCAAGUAGAUUGAAACAACUGCUUUAGAGUCCACUGUUAGUCUUUGUGGAAGAAGAAAAAAAGAAACUUUCCUACUUUUAGAUAAGGGCUUCCCUAAAGUCAGUAUGUCAUAGCACCCCUAGUAAAACCAGCAGUUUUUCAAGCAAAUUGAUUUGCUUGAAUUAUGGCUUUGAAAAAGGGACAGUGAAGGUGAUUUAGCCCAGUCUCUUUCUCCAUGGAGGGAACUACUUAAUAAUAUGCCUAAAAGGAGAUUUUCCCAUCCACCGAUUGAACACUUAGUGAUGGGGGAAACCACUAGGCAGCAAAGCAACCCAUUUAAUUUUUGUGGGGCUAUUUCAUAUUCUAUGGGCAAGAUUUGUACUGGGUAAAAAAUGCAUAUAAAUCCCCCUUAUUUUUUUUUAUGUGAGGCAAUUGGGGUUAAGUGACUUGCCCAGGGUCACACAGCUAGUAGUGUUAAGAGUCUGAGGCUGGAUUUGAACUCAGGUAGUCCUGAAUCCAGGGCAAGUGCUCUAUCCACUGCACCACCUAGCUGCCCCUAAAUCCCCCUUUUUUUUAAAGGUAAAUUGUUCCUGUAACAGGAGGGGAAAAUACCACUUCUGAUGUUUCUCUGCAUCCCAGAUUUAGAAUUGAAAAGAACCUUAGAGGUCCCUUUCAAUUUACAGAUGAGAAAUUUAAGGCUCAGAAAGCUUAAGUAAUCAGUGCAAGUCACAUAGCUAGCACCAGCCCUGGAUUCGGGAGGACCUGAGUUCAAAUCCAGCCUCAGAUACUUGACACUUAUUAGCUGUGUAACCUUGGGCCAGUCACUUAAGCCUCAUUGCCGCCACCCCCCACACCCCCACCACACAAACACACACAAGAAAAUAGAGCCCAUCUAGUCUAGCUCCCCUUAAAACAAGCCCUCAGUUUUGCCGUGGGAGAGGUUAGGAAAGCUAAUGACCUGUAAUGUUUGUUAAAAUAAGUGAGAUAAUAAUAGAUGACUAUUGGCAUAAGUCUUUCAGGUUUGCAAAAUACUUCACAUUCGUUAUCUUGAUUCAACCUCUUAAGCUGGUAAAGUAGAUAGGUGGUGUGUCACUCCCAUUUUACAGACAAGGAAACUGAGAUUCUGAGAGGUAGUCAUUUGUGGAAGCUCAUGCUAGAUUCCACCUGAAGUCUUCUGGCUCAUAUAUAGUGUUUCCCAAACACGACAUUCCCUUUACUCUAAAAAGCUGGUGGUUACCCAGGUGCACGUGGCUUCGGAGCCGGAACAUCUGGGAUUCAUUUUUGGCUCUUCUAGGUGAUGCCAAAGACACCUGGGACAAAUCACCUCUCUUUAGUUUCUGAAACUAAAUGAGGCUGAACUAAAUGACCUCUCACGUCCCUUCCAAAUCUAGCCUAUGACUGAAACUUUUGUCCACGAGAAAAGUUUCCUUUUUAAAAAAUUUUUCAUUGCUUUAUAUUUGUUAGGUGGGCAAUGCAGAGAAUCUGCUAAGAGCACAGUGCUACAAUUUCCUUCCAAGAUCAUUUCUCUCUGUAGGUCCAUAUGGUUACUUAUCAAACGAAGAUAAUAAGACUUGCCCCUUACCAGCCUCUAAAAGCCUUUUGAGGACCAAUAGUAUCACCGAGAAAGGUAAAGUUAAAUAAAAGAUAAAGGUCAAGUCUUCCCUUUAAGAUAAUGAAGGAAGGAGAACAGGGUUUGAAAAACCUUAGACCAAUGAGAAAUGUAUUUGGAAAGUGAAACAGAAAAAUCCCAUCUGGAAGCAACUCGGGUAUCUUGACUUUUGCUCCCUUAGUACUCUGUACCUGAUGGGGGCUCAAUAUUUGUUGAAUAAACAUAGGCUGGUGCCCAGCACCCCAGAAAUAUUUGAACAUGUUUUCUUAACCCGAUUUUACAUUUAUCUUUCACCCCCCCACACCCUCAACCCAGCCCCAAAUUAAUGUCUAAGGCCAGGAUGGCCAGACAACAUGUGAGACCUAAAUGUUUCUCUCAUAACUGAAGGCAUGUGCAUCACAGCUCUGGCAUCAGUCUCUUACCUUAGCAAAGCUGUGUAAUCAAUUGACAGGUCUUCCUAACUAUGGUCCUAUCUGCCUGUCGAAUCAGGUGGGCCUGAUACUUGGCUUUCAUGUUAUUCUUUUUAAUUUUUUAAAAAUUUUUAAAUUUAAAUUUUUUUUUAGUGAGGCAAUUGGGGUUAAGUGACUUGCCCAGGGUCACACAGCUAGUAAGUGUUAAGUGUCUGAGGCCGGAUUUGAACCCAGGUACCUAGCUGCCCCUCAUAUUAUUCUUUUUAACGACAAACAGCUCUUAAGAAGUUCUAGGAAAAUUGUCAGGAAAGCCGAUGAAACAAACUCUGAAAUGCCUGAUUUUGGCUCUCUCCAUCUGUCUGGACUCGACAGACCAAUAAACUAUGGACAGAAUGGGUUGCCCAUUUGAAGUGCUGAUCUAGGCACUUAGCACGAUGCAUGGCACAUAUAGUAUGCUCUUAAUAAAUACUUGCUGACUUUAUGCCUUGGAAUUCACAGCUUACACCAAACACCCUGCAUUUCACUUAAAAGAUUUGCAAUGUUAAAACUUUAUGCUUGGGCAACUAAAUAGAUUUCUGUGAGGUCACCAUUAUCAAAAGCAUCAUUUGUUUUCCUCCUUCCCUCCUGAUGAUUUCUUUGUUCCAGGUGUGCACAUCAGUUUGUUUUUUUAAGCAGUGUGGAAGAGGGAUCACCAGCUAAUAUCAGGAACUGGCCUCUGCUGUUAUCACUUAAGCUUAUUUCAGGAGCAUUCCAUUUGUUGUAAUUGUUUUCUUAAUGGUCUCUUGACCAAUAAAAAUAUCCAAAAUGUAAUGUCAAUUAACUGCAUGACUUUCAGAUCUUAAAUUAAGAAUUUUGUGACUUGGUUUUAUGAUGUUCUCCAGGGGGAAUAAAUCUGUUCUGCUAAUUUCAAACAAGGUAAAUGUCACAAUGGUUGAAAAAUGACUAUUAUUAUUAUUAUUAUUAUUAGGAGGGAUCCUUUGUUUCCUUAGAGUUUCCCCAGAGACCCUUUGGGUCUUUGUUUCUAACUUUUUCAUCCUUUUUUUUUCCCUUUUUCUGAAUAACAACUUCCAGUGGUGGCCACUGACACAAGCCUAUAGAAAGUAGUAAACUGAUUGACUCAUUUGUUGGGAAAAUUGCUUGACAGAACACAGAGUCCAGGAUGUAACAGGUUUUUUUUUCCUGGAAAAGAAUAGGAAAGGCUAAUGACAGCCUGAUACCCUUAGAAGCAUCUUUACAGCAGUUGAUAGAUGAUGGUAGCCAGUAUUUUGAACUGAAAGUUGUGAUGAAGCAAUAUAGGGAGAGAAGUAGGUUUUGGUAACAAGAAGCCUCUUAAGGUUUCUUAAUAUUGAUUUUCCAGAGGCAAGAUGGUCUACAGAUCCUUUUCCUGUUGCAUUCUUCAGUGAUUUCUUUUCUUUAAUGUUCAUAACAUACAACUGCUGGUUUCUGAAAAGCAGAAGGUGCCAAGAUGUACCAAAAGUUUUCUAGUGUAUCAUUCUUGUGAACUUAAUAGUGUUAUAAUUUUAGUGUAAAUAAGACAUUUCUGAGAGACUUCUGAGAGAUGUGAUUUAUUUUUCAUAUUUUUUCAAAAUACAUUCCAUUUCCAAUAAAGAGCUAUCUAUUGAAAUGA